AUGCGUGACAAGUGCUUUGACACUUGUGUAACAGGCCAAGGAGAAUGUGAGAACGGACGUUGUGUGUGUCGACGAGGUUUCAAGGGACGCGACUGUGAGUUGGAUGUGGAUGAAUGCCGCGAACAGCCCAACAUCUGUGACCAGCGUUGUGUGAACACAUUCGGCUCCUUCCGGUGCGAAUGUGAUCCCGGCUACAACCUGGAUCCGCGCGACAAUCGGACGUGCAUCCGGGACAAGUGUUUCGAUACUUGUGUGCCAGGUCAGGGCGAGUGUCAGAACGGACGUUGUGUGUGUCGACGAGGUUUCAAGGGACGCAACUGUGAGUUGGAUGUGGAUGAAUGCCGCGAACAGUCCAACAUCUGUGACCAACGUUGUGUCAACUCGUUCGGCUCCUUCCGAUGUGAAUGCGAUCCUGGCUACAACCUGGAUCCGCGCGACAAUCGGACGUGCGUCCGGGACAAGUGCUUCGACACUUGUGUGCCAGGACAGGGCGAAUGCCAGAAUGGACGUUGUGUGUGUCGACGAGGUUUCCAGGGACGUGACUGUGAGUUGGAUGUGGAUGAAUGCCGCGAGCAGCCCAACAUCUGUGACCAGCGUUGUGUGAACUCAUUCGGCUCCUUCCGGUGCGAAUGUGAUCCUGGCUACAACCUUGAUCCACGUGACAAUCGGACGUGCGUCCGGGACAAGUGCUUCGACACUUGUGUGCCAGGCCAAGGAGAAUGUCAGAAUG